GUAGACAGAAACCUCAAUGCAGUUCCGUCAAUUACUUUGUUCUUGUUUGAAAUGUCGUUGAGAUUGAUCGGACGUCCCUCAUUUGAACGGGGUUAACCUAUCCGACGAAUCAGAGAAGGCCAGACAAUCUUAUCCGAUAAGGUGGGUUUAUCCUUCGAACAUGAUCAUUCUCGGGUUUCCCGUCAGCUUUAUGAAAGCAAUUGAACAUGAAAAAAGACCAGCAUAUUUUGGUGGUCACGUGAACGAGUAUCUUCUUCAUCUUGACAGCGAAGUCAACUUAGCCAGCCAAUAUUUCGGAAGGGUUCGCGAUGUCGAAGAAGAAUACAAAGUAAACUCUUCUCACCUAAGGACUAAUUGAAAUCACAAUAUCUGACUACUCUAUCAGGAAUUAAUCGAUCCUUCCAACCUCAUCUACUCAGAAAUGUCAAUCUCCCGAUAAAGAUCAACCAACAUAAUCCAAACUAUAAGACAAAGCUGUUCCCGGUAAACUAUAGAAAUAACAAAUCUAAAAUAAACUUUGACCUCUAUU